CAGAUCUAAGUUCUAAGUUUUAAGUUUCUAGUAAACAAAUCGCAAGUCUUCUCCCACGCCCGCCCCUAAACCUAAAUCGCCGCCGCCUUCUAGCGAUCGCUCAUGCUGUCGUGCCCAUCUCGUGAGCUGCCCAAUCAAACCACGCCGGGAGCGCCUUUGACGCCGUUGUUGUCCGAUUCCUCCGGCGGCAAUCAUCACUGUUACGAUCCGUUUCGUUUCAACCGUUUUUUCCGUUAUAACGCCUAAGAACGCCGUCCCACAGCAGCUGACGUUAUUUACCGGAAAGGCGUUCCCGUGCCGGAUACGCCCGUUCCGGCCGUUCCGACGAACCAUGGCAAUGUAUUUGGCUCAUGGGAUCACACGGGCCUUAGCUCCUCCUGUACAGAAAUUCCAGUCAUCUAUUAUUUUGAAGUGGAUAUUGGGGUUUUGUUGGUACUUAUUGCAUCUUGUGGUCAGUCUAGUGGGCAUGGUCUGCUUCCUGAAUCAUUUGCUACUUUCCAGCAUCAUCUCAACUGGAUUGCUAAGGAAGUACCAAAAUCUAAAGUUGAACAAUCUAAACUGUCUGGCUAUUGUUGUUGACAGUGAAGAAGCAGAAGAUAUAACAAAGAUCAAGAAACUUCUAUCCUGGCUAUCAUCUAUUGAUGUCAAAUGUAUCACACUUUAUGACUUGCAAGGUGUGUUGAAGAGAACUAUUGGAAAUGAUUUUAAGAGCAUGACAAAUACAAGUUUGAGAGAAUGCAAGAUGUCAAAGAUGACUGUCGAGAUACUUUCCUUAUCUGAUGGCAAAGAAGGGAUCGCUAAAGCAGCUAAUUUUCUGAUUUCUAAAUACAUGAAAGAUGAUUCUUUAAGAUGCAACGGGACAAAACCAACCUUCUCGGAAUCUCAAGUAUCCAACGCCCUAGAAGCAAUAGGCUACAAAGGACCUGACCCUGAACUUCUCCUUGUCUAUGGACCUGCCAGAUGCCAUUUAGGUUUUCCUCCAUGGAGAUUGCGCUACACAGAGAUCAUUCAUAUGGGUUCCCUGAGGUUCAUGAACUACGGUUCUCUCGCGAGGGCUCUGUACGACUUUUCAAAGAAGAACCAGAACUAUGGCAAGUAGUUGCACAUUGUAAAUGUAAAAAUAGUUAAACUUAUGACACACUUAAGUAUUUAUCCAUAUUAACUUUGUUACUAAAGUUUGGAAGGUGUGACUAUCAGAUCAUAUUUUGAAUCCAUAAAUUUUCUUGGUGUUGCCAAGUUGAGGUAAGUUUCAACUCUUCUUCA